AUGACUCACACUCAUCAACAAUCUGCUCGUCUGGCAGCAGCCCGCCAAGAAAAGCAAGCCCUUGCUGGCCACGAAGACAUAGAUACUGCUCUACAAGGCCCUACGAAUUUCUCUAGAGUCGGCCGUUAUGCUCGCGAAUCCACCUUGAUGGCACAGGAGGGCCCCGCACUGAAUGAGGGUAACCAGACUGCUCCCUCUGUCAUGUUGACCAAACUGGCCCCCAUGUAUGUGAACAUUGCAGCUCACCCCCCUCUGGCCGCUCUCAUCCCAUCUCAAGCCCCGAUGACUACGCAGCUGCUGCAGCAAUCUAUGGCUCUCCAGCCCGUAGACGCGAAGCAUGCUCGCCUUUUGCAAUGA